ACUCCAUAUAAAUACGUCUCCAUGGACGUCUAACAUCCAUAACAUUUCUUCAAACAAACCCCAAGUUAUAGAAAAAAAUAAGAAAAUAUUUAAAAUAAAGUAAUGGCCAUAAAGAGGUCAACUCAAGCAGCAUCGAUCAAGCAAAUCCUAAAGAGGUGCUCAAGUCUAGGGAAGAAGAAGAACGUCAACGGUUGCUACUAUAAUCAAGAAGAUGAUAGUUUUCCACAAGACGUGCCAAAAGGUCAUUUUCCGGUUUACGUUGGACCGGACCGAAGUCGGUACAUCGUUCCCAUCUCGUGGCUCGGACACUCUGAGUUUCAAACGUUGCUCCGACUAGCCGAGGAAGAGUUUGGCUUUGAACACAAUAUGGGUCUAAUCAUACCCUGUGAUGAAGUGUUCUUCAAGUCUCUCAUCUCCAUGUUCAGAUAAAAUUCGAUCGAAAAGUAAUCUGAUUAAUAGCUACGGGAUGUGUUUUUUGGAAUGAUCAUAAGAAGAAUCAACCCGAUUGUUUUUUUUUCUUUGUAAGACUUUGUAAUAGUUGGGAUUGGGUAUCUGGGAGGCUUUUUUUUUUCCCUCAACUCAACGUGAAAGGUUGACUAGUGAUCUUGAUAUGUGUAACUAGUUAACUUCUAUAAGCCAGUUUAUAUCUAUC